AAUCUCUGACACAUUUUUUUGUUUGACGAGUGCAGCUUAAGCCAUAUAGGGAAAUAAACAAUUAUUACCUGUAGGUAAGCAGAUUGAAGGAGCAUCGGUGGUGAUUGUUUGAGCACCUCCUUGUUCUGCCUGGUAGCUUAUAGGAAAAGGAAACUGGUCUUUCUCUUACUAUUAAAGAAUCCUUGAAACCAUCAGAGCUAUUAACAAUGAACACAGCUGUGAAGGUUUCCACCUUUGCCAAAAAUGUUGCCACUGCAGUCAUCAUCAUUUCAGUUGUUUGCUAUGCAGAGAACCUGAAAUGGAUAUCAGAUUCUGUCAUUAGACUGGACAUGGCAGAAAAUUCUGUUGAUGACCAAUUUAUAGGCUGCAGAGACACAAUGUACAAGCGGAUUACAGAGGAGAUUCUACCCGAAGAGUUAAAAUCUAAUAAAAAUUUUAAAAACAUUUGGGAAAAGUACUCAACAUUUACUGAUAAUUUUAAAAGAAUAAUAAAGGUCUACACAGACCCAAGUUCUGACCUUUAUAAACAGUUCAAUGAAGCUGUGAGCUCAGGCAGAGGGAAUUAUGUCAGUAAGUUCACCUAUAAAGCCUUUCAUUUCUUGCUAACACGAGCCAUACAAAAGCAUCAAGUAAAGAACUGUACUCGUGUUUUCCGCAGAGCCAAUGUUAGUUUUGAUACAAACGUUUAUGGCCACAAAAUGCGAUUUGGCAGGUUUGCAUCAACUUCACUUAGAAAUGACAUGUCACAUACAUUUGGCGGAAUCUCCUGUUUUAAGGUUACUACAUGCUUUGGUGCAAACAUAGCCAAAAUUUCUGUGCUCCCUGAUGAGGAAGAGGUGCUAAUCCCACCUUUUGAAACAUUCAAAAUCACAAAUAUUGGAAAAAAACAGAUGAACUGUAGUGUCAUUUACACUCUACGGAGCACUGGGACAUUUAGUAAAAUGAACUGUACACUGCUUAAAAAAAAAUAAUAAAAAUGUACAAUGCAAAUGUGUUGAUGUUAAUAUAGCAUCACUGCUAACACUGCUGGAUAAUUUAGUACAUGAUGUAAUGUUUUCUAAACAUGUAUUGUUGUAAAAGCUUUUGUUAUUUCUUUAUAAAAUUGCUAAAAAUAAUUAAAUCAUUGUAAUUUUAACAACUUUUGUGAUUUUGAAUGGAAUCUAGAAACAUUUUGUAUCACACCACCAAAAAAUGAAUAUCUGAAUAUACAAAAAAAGUGAUGACCUGAUGCUCCUAGGUUCUACACAUUGCUUAAUCUUCAAUAAAAAGAGAUAUGCAUGAAAACAAAGCUCUUUUCUCAGCUUAAACAAAAAAAUGUUUGUUGUAACAAUAUGCACUGCUUGAAAUGCACUUUUCACAUUAAAAGACCAUUUGGUA